AUGGAGCAGUUCCGUGUUGACCAGCAGGGCGGGGCGACAUCUGCGCACCCAGCUCCACGCAGCUCAUCCAGCCCCGCAAACCCGCCCACCUCCCCUCCCUCUUCCCCUUCGGUGCGUCUCGGUCCGCCCGCAGCAGUCUCCUUCUCGGCGAGGUUUCACUACAGAGAUGGCUGCGAAAGUGUGCAGAUCGGUACUCCUGUUUUCCCGGAGCAGCGGACCGGUGGCCGGCAGCCUCUCCGCACUUGUUGUGUCCUCACAGCGACACCAUCAGCACAUAGGACCGCAGGAGGUACUGUCUGCUCCUUUCACCCAUCAGACUGUCAGGAGAGCACAUGGCCUACGGUCAGCAGCCCACUCCACACUCUUCGCCCAGAGACUGCCCUGUCUCCACAGGUUUGGAAGGGCGCCCCCUCAUGGCAAGGCCAGAGACUGUUGUGUUCCUCUGCUGCUCCAGAGGAGGUGACGGUGGUGUAUCAGAACGGGCUGCCGGUGAUCUCGGUCAGCUUGCCGUCCAGACGAGAGCGCUGCCAGUUCACCCUCAAGCCUCUCAGUGACUGUGUGGGAGUGUUCCUGCAGCAGCUCCAGGCGGAGGACAGAGGCAUCGACCGGGUAGCCAUCUACUCCAUGGAUGGAGCGAGGGUUGCCUCCUCCACGGGUAUAGACAUCUUGCUGCUGGAUGAUUUCAAGCUCGUCAUAAAUGACACCACACACCUCGUGCGGCCACCGAGGAGAGAGAUGCUUCCCCACGAGGAGGCAGAGCGGCUGAAUGACGUCAAGUUUCUGGUGCAGCAGCUCUACACCACGCUGCGCAUCGAGGAGCACCAGCUCAGCAAAGAGCGCGAGCUGAUUGGACGACUGGAGGACCUCAACUCUCAACUCCGCCCCCUAGAAAAGGUGAGGGAGGAGCUGAGUAAGAAGGCAGAGCGGCGCACCACCUGGGUGCUGUGGGGCGGCAUGGCGUACAUGGCCACCCAGUUUGGCAUCCUGGCCAGGCUGACCUGGUGGGAGUACUCCUGGGAUAUCAUGGAGCCUGUCACAUACUUCAUCACUUAUGGCACUGCAAUGGCCAUGUAUGCCUACUUCGUCCUUACACGUCAGGAGUACGUUUAUCCCGAUGCUAGAGACAGACAGUAUCUGCUGUUCUUCCACAAGGGGGUGAAAAGGACACGCUUCGACAUCGAGAAGUACAACAAGCUGAAGGAUGAUAUUGCUGAGGUGGAGUUGGACCUGAAACGCCUACGAGACCCUCUCCAGCUCCAGCUCCCAGUUCAGCAGCUCAACGCCAGUGAAAAUUGAUGGGAAGAGUGACUCCCUCCUCUCUCAGCUCCUGCAACCCCCUUUUGUCCUUCUUCCUUCCUGCCGUCCAACACCCCUCUCCUUCUACCCCAGCUAUUUCCUCCUCCUUCUCCCCCUCCCUCCUCCCCCCAUCCCUCCCACACCCAAUAUUCCCAUCCCUUUCUUGACUGUGGGAGUUAGUUUUUUCUCCUUUUUUUUUUUUCCUGUUUCCUUUCCCGACGGAAAUCUUCAGUUGGAAUUGCAAGUGAAAACCUCUGCCUGAUGAAAAAAAAAGGGAUUGGUGAGAAUACUGAGAACUGAAAACCUCUCACAGCCGAAGGAUGGUGAGGAUGAUAAAACAGAAGAUGAUGAUGAUGAUAGAAUUGAAUUGGGCACUGUGGAUAUGCCUCAAGACUCCGGUGGGACAGCUUACAGGUAACUCCAGGGGUUACGACACCUGUAGACACUCCAGGAUGGGGAACACACAGAGGGGCAGCCAUUUUUAGAGUGCGUGUGUGUGUAUGUGUGCGAGUAUGUGCGCGUCCUGGGACUUUCAGGCUACAUCGGGACGCCGCCCCCUGGCCGCUCUGCGAGUCGACACAGCAGUGUAGCCCUGCUUCCUCUAGCGGCCAAACUGUCAACACACACACCUACUCUUGGUUGGUUCAGGCUCAAGGGACAAGUUUACAAGAAAGUUCUGACUGCAGCCACACCAUCGGGGGAAACCUCCGUUUUCCUGUGGCUGAAUCCCGCUGCCUCUCCCUCUCUGGGCCACGCCUCCUCCUGGUGACGGACAGCUGUCCUUCCCAGUGUGACCUUUGUCAGGAGCCCGUCUCCACGCGCCAGGAUGCAGGAAUGAUGACGCCUCCUUUCCUCUUCCUGUUGAUGUCCUGUAGCGGCCCGGCCUGCGCAAGUAUCAAGAGUACUACCGACAACAACAUCACUGUGUGUUCUUUUCCAAAAAAAAAAUAAAAAAAAAUAUUUUGGCACUUUUUAUUUUGAAAGCCAUAGUAUAUUUGUUAUGAAAUAUAAAUAUAUAUGUAUACAAUCAAAUAAACAGACGACCAGAGGCUAGUUUUUUUUCCAGUGGGGGGAGGAGCUCGCUUAAAAAAAAAAAAGAAAAAGAAAACAUCAUUUCAUGAGAAACUCAUUUGCAUCUCCCGCUAACACGCACACACACAAAGAGCAUUACGCUGUAUGCAUCAUUUACAGCCUGAACUUGUUUUUUUUUUUUUUUCUUUUUCUUGUUUGACAAGCGCACAUAAUGUAUUUCACAUUAACUAUGUUUUUGUUGAGCUCCCGUGCGUGGCCACCGAAGACAAGAAUCGAAGCUAAACCACGGGGGAAAAUGACUUUCAAUUGGAAUUGAUUGUUUUUUUUUUUGUUUUUUUUAUCAUCACAGGAUAUCGACGUGGAUAAUGCCACGCUUGACCUCUAUAAUCAUCUCACAAAUGCAAAGAUUGCAGCGGAAACGCUUAAUAUAAAGAAAGGGUUAACAAACAGGCAUGUCAAAAUUUACUAUGUUUGAUGUAUGAAAACCAAAAUAAAAAGCAGCAGAGUUUAUUAAAUCGCCUGCAGCUCAGCAUCUCACAGAUGUUUUUUGUUUUUUAUUUUUAUUUUUUUUUGCCGUUCCAAUUGAAAUUUCAACAUUAUUUUUACUCAAGAACUAAAGACUGCAUCUAAUAAUAAGCGUCAUGGCUCCGGGGGGUUAUAGAGGUUUCGCUGAGUUAAAGCCAGUUUUCUCCUCCCACUGCUGCUGUAAUGACCCUCCCCACCCCCCUGCUCCCUCGAUGGCAAGGCAGGGUAGACUGCAUGCUGUGGUAUGCCCUCAGUAGAAAAACUUGUGAAUGUGUAGGAGAACUAUUGCGAUUUUUGUACUUAAUUGGACUCAUUUCUUUGCUGCAUCUAGCUGAAGUCUCAAAGUCUCAUCCAUAUCCGGCUGACGUCUCGCCCUUCCUUCCAUUUUUUAUUAUUUUUUUUUUAUAUAUCAAAAGUUCUACAAGCCAUAACAUUUGUGUUUGAAUCAGCCUUUUCACUGCUUAACGCUGGUUUUCCGUUCGGGGGUGAGGACUGGCGGGCCAAGCUCUCUCCGGCCACACACAUAUCAUUUCUCAGAAGCCAGUUAUAGUCGCUCUGGCCUGCCGCAGAGCACCUCCGCGGAAAGGAGAGCACAGCCGGUCGACGCUCAAGAUGCGUGUGAACAGUCGGGCCGAAUCCUUCUGAGGAGAUCGAUGUGUUUAACUGCAGAUUUUUAUAUUAAAAUGCAUGAUUUUAGGACAAAUCAGAAGUUAGCCAUGCAGAUCUCAGGACAGGAUUUGGUCCGAUCGGUCACGGUGUGUUGGUGUGUGUGUGUGUGUCAAAUGGUGCCUUUUGGAUCAUAAGUUAAACUAGACGGGAAAUGUGUCAGUUUGUCAAACACUGACUCCCGUUGGGAGAGGAAACGUGGAGGGUUAAACUUGGAAGGUUUGACGAGUGGAAAUCAAUUUCGCUGCAUGUCUUGGGACAUGAACGUUUGUUGAAUCCGCAUGAUGCGGGUGCAAAGUGCAGAUUGGCGUAUUCAUGAAUUCUUUGCUCCUAAUGGCUGCUCGUCAAUAGCGGUGAAAAUCUAAUCAUCUCACUUCAUGGCAGUCGUCAGAUUUAAAUUCGUUUUUCCUGAAUAGGCCGGCUUGUGCACACCGUGACACACACACACACACACAAACAGAGAUGAAAACUGUGUUUCCUUGGAGAUGCGCUGCGGAAGGUGGGAGAGUUCAGGCCACAGCUUGUAGUCCAGUCCCCCUCCCCCCAACCUCCCCCUGCUGUCUCUACACUUCUGUCCAUCAUCACCAUCUCCUCCACCAGAUUGUUGUGUAGCCCUGCUUCCUCCUCUCUCCUCUUUUUUUUUUAAAUCACGCCAUCCACCGUUUAUUGCCUUCUUCUUUUCGUGUUUAUUUUCAAAAAAAAAAAGUGAAAUAAAAUAACAGAAUAUAUCAAAUAUAGGGAAACUUUAUUCUAAAGAGGGUGUUGCAUGAAUGUAUGUUUACAUGGGAAAUUAUGUAAAAAAAUAAUAAAAGAUGAUUCAUCAAAAAUAACAGCGAAGAUAAUUUAAGAACGUCGUUUGUAGAGAUUCCUAGUUAUCAAGGGCUUUCGUCUUUAGAAGCCGCCCUGCCAAAUCUGAAGCUGAAUCCCAGCCAACCAACUGCUCGGACUCCAGUCACAUCUUGGUCUUAUUUGCCUCCAUGAUCCCUUCACUUUGUGUGCAUUCAUACUCCCCAAUAAACGGGGAAAACGCCCUCCAUCUCUAAGUGCACCUGUAAAUGAGACUUUAUGACCUCUUGUCUCCUGAAAGGUAUCAGGCGCUCUCUUUUAGCUUUUCGGGGAAAAUUCUUCUGACCUUAUUUCUUUUUUUUUCUUUUCUUUUUUUUUCCAUCAGCCUAUUUUUCUCCAAAGACACCUUUAUUACUCUACGUUUUGAAUGUGUGUUAAGUUCCCAAAUAUCUCGUUUGUGUGCACUUACAGUAAGAUAUGUUUAAAAAUGCCUAAAGAGUGAAGCAGAAUAUAGGAUCGAUCUUCAUUCUGACCUCUUAUCUUGUUUUUCUUUUUUUUUCUUUUUUUUUUCUUCUGUUGACAUAUGAUGCUGUAAUGUUGGCAAAAAAAAAAGAAAAGAAAAUGUAAAAUCCUGUAUCAUUUAUGAAAUAUGUAUAAAAGAGAAAUGUAAUUCAAUUAUCAAUAAAAUCCUUAUCCAGUUUUUGGA